UGAGCGUGCAAACACGACAUAGACAAAGUGAGCCACGUUAGAAUGAGAGCCAUUGGUCGGUUGGUAUAAUGUUUAACAGCUACAGAGUGCAGAAACACCCUCUCUAACCCUCCUCCCUCCCUUUGAAUCAAAGACUGAACAACAACUUCACACCCACCUAAAUUCCUCUUAGUAUUCUUUCCUAGUCCCACAAAGUUAGCUCUGUUUCCAACCAAAACCCAACAGUCCCAAAUAUAUAUAUAGUACAAUCCAAUACUCUCUCCUCCUAAACUCUCCUCUUUUUUUCCCAAUUAAUAUCCGCUCUGCUUUCUUCUGCUCUGCUCUGCUCUUUCUCAUAAUCAUGAAGAAGCUUUGUCCUAAUUUGGACCGUGAAGAUGGGCUUGAAACCGUCCUCGAGGUCCCAAUCCCAGAAGAGAUGUUUGAUACCGACAAUAACAAGAACAACAACACCAUCUCAUGGCACAACAUGAAGUCGUGGAUGAAAUUAUCCAACACCGACCGAUCACAGAUCAACACCGUCUUUGGGAGCAAAAACGCUGAGGUCCAGCUCUUGCUUGGUGUCAUUGGAGCUCCUCUCAUUCCCCUUCCCAUUCCUAAGGACCACCAACCCAUCACCCGCACCAUCAAAGACCAACCUAUCGAGGCUUCAAUGGCUAAAUACAUAGUGAAGCAGUACAUAGCAGCGGUGGGGGGAGAGAAGGCCUUGAACUCAGUAGAGAGCAUGUAUGCAAUGGGGAAGGUGAAGAUGGCAGCGUCAGAGUUUUCCACCGGAGAGAGGAGCUUGAACAGUAACAAUAACAAGGUGAAGGUGAAGAGCUUGUUGAGAUCAACUGGAGGUGGUGGCGAGAUGGGUGGGUUUGUGCUGUGGCAGAAAAGACCAGAGCUUUGGUGCUUAGAAUUGGUGGUGUCUGGUUGCAAAAUCAGUGCAGGGAGCGACGGGAAAGUGGCUUGGCGCCAAACUCCAUGGCACCACUCUCAUGCCUCUCGAGGCCCUCCUCGUCCUCUCAGGCGUCUCCUUCAGGGUCUUGAUCCAAGGUCAACAGCCAACUUAUUCAGCAACGCAGUUUGCAUCGGCGAGAAAGCAAUCAACGACGAAGACUGCUUCAUCCUCAAGCUGGAAGCCGAUCCCUCAACCCUAAGAGCACGAAGCAGCAACAACGUGGAAAUAAUAAGGCACUCAGUGUGGGGCUACUUCAGCCAAAGAACAGGCCUCCUCGUCCAGCUAGAAGACUCUCACCUCCUCAAAAUCAAAGCCUCCUCAGGAACCGACAGCGGCAUUUUCUGGGAGACCACCAUGGAGUCUUACGUCCGAGACUACAGAACCGUGGACGGCAUCAACAUCGCGCACGGCGGCAGCACGUCUGUCUCCUUGUUCAGGUUCGGCGAGAGCUCAGAAACGCAUUCCAGGACGAGAAUGGAGGAGGUUUGGGAGAUUGAGGAGGUUGAUUUUAACAUCAAGGGCUUGUCCAUGGACUGCUUCUUGCCUCCUGGUGACCUAAAGAAGGAGGAAGAAGAAGCAAAAUGUGGCGCCAAUGCCAUGGUGAUCAGUGCUCAUUCAAAAAUGCCGUUUAAAAUUCGAUCUGCUUCUUGGAGAAUCAGUGCUUCUAAAGUUGUUGCAUUUGAUGAUGAUGUUGAAUAUGAUCCUGACAAUAGUGAAAGCAGCAGCGACCAAGAAUUGUAAAAAUUCGGGGUUUUUAUUCAAUUUUUGUACAUAGCAUAAUUACUAAGUUUAGAUAUGUCGCCUGUCACACUUUUUAAUAAAAUUGGAUUGUGGCAUGGGCUUGGCCGGGCCAUAAUGAUAUUUUUGACAAAAACCAUUGACCUAUUAUGUUAUUUACGAAAAAGCAAAAUUAUCACCCUUCUUCU